AUGGAGAUUGUAGAGAAGUGUAAAGGGGUCCCUCUUGCCUUAAGGGCGAUAGGAAAUGUACUAUUUAAAAGAACAGAAGCUGAAUGGGUAAAGGUGAAGAAUAAUAUAGUUAAGUAUAUAACUCAACAAGAAAGUGGUAUUAUGCCAGUUUUAAAGUUGAGUUAUGAUCAUCUUCCACCACAUUUGAGGCAAUGUUUUGCUUAUUGCUCUUUAAUUCUGAAGGACACUGAGUUUUGGGUUGAGGAUUUGAUCAUGUAUUGGAUGGCCCAAGGGUUUAUCCAGCCACUAAGUGGAGACGAAGAUCUAGAAGAUGUUGGGCAUGAGUAUUUCAUGGAUUUGCUUUGGAAAUCUUUUUUUCAGGUUGCAGAAGAAGAUGAUUCGGGAAAUGUGAAGAGAUUCACAAUGCACGAUCUAAUGCAUGAUCUUGCAUGCUCUGUUGCUGGGACUGAGUACUGCAUUGCAAGUCUAGAAGCAGAAAUGCAGAUGAAAGAACUCGCCAUGUGUAGCCUACGCUCUUUGAAUUUUGAGUUUCUCAGGCUACAGAAUUUGCAAACAUUACAUCUUUCUGGUUGCUCGGAUCUUGAAAAAUUGCCGAGGAAAACAAUAAGGUUAGUUAGCCUUAGAUAUCUAUAUAUUGACGGUUGUGGUAGUUUGGCUUACAUGCCACGUGGACUAGGGCUACUAACUUGUCUGCGAACGUUAAAUGAGUUUAUUGUGGGAAAGAGAGGCAAGGGUGUUGGUGAGUUAAGGGAAUUGAAUGGACUGAACAACCUCAAAGGAAAAAUACGUAUUUCUUCUUUAAAAAAUGCUAUUCCAGAGCCUGGAUCUUCUUACUUGAAAGAAAAAUUGAAUUUGAAACACUUGAAAUUGAGCUGGAGAAAUGAGGAGAAUGAUGAUGAUGAGGAGGAGGAGGAGGAUGAUGAUGCAAGUAAUGAGAAGUCUGAAUUGGUUUUUGAAGGCUUCGAACCACACCCAAAUCUAGAGAUGCUUGUGGUGUAUGGGUAUCCAGGAAGCAAGAUUUCUAGCUGGCUGUCCUCCAUCACCAAUUUAACUCGACUUAUUUUAGAGGAUUGUGUUGAAUGCAAGCAUCUGCCACCACUGCAUCAGCUCUCUUUCCUCAAAUUUCUUAGGCUUUCAGGAUUAAAAGUUUUGGAGAAUGUGUCUGAGAUUGAAAUGCAAAAGGAGUUGUCUUCAAAAUCAACAAAAUUUUUUCCAUCCUUUGAGGAACUCGACCUCAUGAAUUGCCCAAAUCUUAAGGGAUGGUGGAGCGGUGAUGUUGAUGAAGCUUCAAAUGCACAGCUGGCUUACUUCCGUUGCCUUUCAGAUUUGACAAUACGACAGUGCCCAAAUCUAACCUCUAUGCCGCUGUUUCCUUCUGUUCGGGAGCUGCGUUUGAAUGAAACCAGCUGGAAGCAACUUCAAAAGACAAUGAAAUUGAAGAUGACAACAUCAGAAGAACCAUCAUCUUCUUCACUUUUCCCUCCUUUCUCCAAAUUGACAAAAAUGUGGCUUGUAGAUAUCGAAGAACUAGAUUCUCUGCCAGAGGAGUUUCUACAAAACCAAACUUCUCUUUGGUCUCUGUACAUUGCAAGUUCCAGUAACUUGACAUCAAUGCCAAAGGGGAUGCGCUUUCUCACCUCUUUACAAGAAUUGAGUAUUUGGGGAUGUCCCCAGCUAUCGGAAAGAUGCCAAAGGGAUAUUGGUGUGGAGUGGCCAAAUAUUGCUCACAUUGGAAAUAUUUGUAUUGAUGGACGUGUGAUUUGA